AUGCUUUACAAUGACAUGUACUACGAGAAGAUUGUUCGAACAUUUGGAGAGAGCAUAUUGGAUAUUAUUAUUAAAGUAUUGCCUUGGUUGAAGGUUUAUGUCAAGACGCUAGAUUCUUUCAGGGAAUUAUCGAGGAAUAUAAUAGCGUCUCGGUUAGAAUUGGAAGAUAUAACGAUCGAGAAAGCUCAUGACGAUAACCCGUUUCAUUGCAUGUACAUUAAAGACUCUUGGAAGUACAUCUAUUCGCUUCUAAAAAACAAGAGAUUGUUUGCUGAAUACAAAGACUAUAAGAUAGACGAGCCAACUAACUAUGUAUAUAAUCAUUUUGUGGAAGUCAACAGGACGUACUUACUCUCGUAUACAAAGAGUAUGUGGUUAUCUCCGGGGACAUAUAAUUUGAACAUUGGUCUAAUCCUCAAGCAUGGGAGUGGUCUUGGUACCACAAAGUUUGAAGUGAAAUAUAACGAUGAUGAUGGGAACCCUGUCCUUCAAACAUUCUAUCCUCCCACAAAUAUCAACAAUAUUUUACCAAAGAAGCAAUUUUGUCUCAUGAAGCUAGGUGAGAUUCAUAUCCCCCAAUCUAACAAAAUUAACAAGCAUAAUAAAACCAAGAAAGUACAGGUUGUAAUGGAAGAAAUUGGUUUAUACCUUAAGUCUGGUUUCCGCAUUUUCUUCAUUGAUAUUUGCCAACCAUCAUUACUAUUUAACGACUACGAUUUACUUUAUUAUACGAUUAAGGAGACUGACUACAGAUACUUUAUCAAUAUUCCAUUAAAAAAUUUUUAUAAAGCAUUGAGCUAUGUUCAGAAUGGUGGGGCUCUGGAAAAUCUAGAAUCAAAGCAACAGUAUGGCUCGGCAGACCCCUAUUCCAUUUGGGAUCAAUACGAUAAGGAGUUUUUGCAUGGAUACCACUUUAAUUCCGACAGUAUAGCAGCAAUGGAAGCCAUUAAUAACAGUGAUGCCAAUAAAGAUGAGCAAAUUGAGUUUGAAGAUCUUCUGAAGUAUGCUGAUUUCUACUUUAACAAUCGCUUCAAGAAGCGCUUGUUCAAGUUCAAUACUGUAUACCAACGAAGACAAUUCAUUAAUAGAUUUGGUGAUUUUGAAAUGGAUUGGCAUGAAUGUGAUGAGAGUGAAGAAUUGGCAACCGAAGAAAAAGAUAGCAAGAAUAAGAGAGUUUGCGCCUAUGACAGAGAGGGCUUGAAGUGGAAGAUUCCUAUAGUUGGUGAGCUAUAA